CUACCCCAGACUUUUUCCCCUCGCGAGUUUCCGUAGCUCACAUUUAGAAGCUCUUAUUGUCAUGUUGCACAACAACGGUGAAGAGUUCGCAAAAAAUAGUAGCAACAUGAUCAUCAACAGAUAACUUACGGGGAACAAUGCAAAGUUGUGGAAAGCCAAGAGAGUCCUGAGAUGUUAACACAUGGACAACCCGCUACUUUAUGUUUUAGGCAUCCUUACCUAAAAUGUGUGCACGCCGUGAGUGGAGACAGCUUUUCUUUAUAAAUCAGAUUGAACAUGGCAGCGCAGUCUAUCAAAUGCUCCACACGUUGUUCGCCUGUCACCAACGAGAUGAGCUGUAAUCAUACCUCCCCGCAGAGAACGCCUGAGUGAUACCCUGUUCUCAGAAAAGAUGUCACCGCCCGUAGUGGCUCUUCUGUCCGCUCUAUUCUUGUAUUUGGGACUGGAAGGCGGCGCUGUGUGGCAAGGCUGUGACAGUGGCAAGCUCUUGCUACAGAUAGACUUGCCCCCAUCUGCCGUGUGGAGCUGUCCGGGGCCUGUCUGGCCAGAGUCCACCCUGCAGAAGAAUCUUUCUGGUAUUGAUACCCAGUAUCCUCCACAACCUGCUAGGCAGGUGUGUAUAGACACACCCAUCACCUUGAAUCACUCCAUUCCCAACAGUGGCGCACACAGACCAGUAGGAGGCGAGAGUGGGGAGUAUCUUUACUGUCCUCCUCAGCGGUGGCUCAACAACCUGCAGCAUGGAGCCACUGUGUUGCUGUACCAUCCCUGCGCCCCCGUCCAGGAGCGGGUCCGCCUUGCUGUCCUGGCCCGCUCCUGUCUGUCCAGCUACAUCAUCACUCCGCACCCUGACCUCAGCACACACAGGAUGUUUGCCGUAGUAUCAUGGGGUCGCACUCUGGAGCUUUCUAGCGUGACAGGCUUGGAGGUCUGUGAUUGGCUGGAGGCAACGGCGUCUGGCGUCAGCCCUGGUGAUGUGGUCAUGAGUCAGAGGUACAGUCUGCUGUUGACCCGUCCUGCAGUACUCCACCAUGACCAAGACCACGGCCGCUCCAGUAGAACUUUGAGACACUGUUGUCUCGAGAGCCUCUCUCUCCGACGAAAUGGAGGGAUGGUCGGAAAGAUGCUCUUUAAAAGGAGAGAGAGGGCCCGCGUGCGUAGAGCCGCCGUUCAGAAGGAGAAUAACAGGGAGGAGAAGGAGGUAGAUGAGAAGGUGGUGGAGAAAGAGAACAAGUCUAUCCUCCCUUUUCCAACCAGCAGCUGGAUCAACCGAACUGACCCGAGCGGGAACCCAGGAGCAGGAAACCAGGAGCAGCUCACCACGGCUGCACCUCACCUCACAAGCCCUGGCGCACUGAGAGAGACAGCGGCUGGAAGAGUGGAGGUGCAGGAGAGAGAGGUGGAGCCUGAUGACAUCGACCACAGUACAGCCCCUCAGACCCACAAGAAGAAGGCGAAGACGGGGCACCAUCACCCGAGACAAGGGCCCCCCCGCGGGGUGACUCGCCAGAGGACAGACAGUAAGACCACUGUGCCACCAGAGGGAGCCAUUCCAAACGACAGAAUGCCCACGGCCAGAACAGACGAGGCGGUGUGGGCGGCAGCGGCGCUGGGGUUCCUCCUGGUUCUGUUGGCACUGUCGGUUCUACAUACGCGCCUGUAUCGCCACUGGAGAACCACGCCCAGUCUGUACUGGCACAACCCGCAGCAGGACUACGACAAUGUGGCAGACAUCAUCCGCAGGAGGCUAAGGGUGGCAGACCGGAGGAGGAAGAGGAGGUGGUCCCUGAGCAGAAGGCAAGAGUGUUCACUCCUACCCAGCUCAAGCACUGACGAGGACCACUAGAAGCUGAACCCUGGGUGACCCCGCCGCGGAGGAGGGAGUCUGAUCUCACUCUAGAGUUUUGGAUGUUUUACACAUCCACCCUCUUCGCCUACAGUUCCCAGGACUUCCUGGAUGUUUUUCAAAACACAUUCACACUCACAAAUAAGAAACUUGGCGAUUCUAGUAGGAUUCAGAAGCUGACAUUCUAUUGUCAUGAGACGGUUCACGAGACUUUGGCUCGGUGGGCUAAUACAGUCAUGUGGCUCAUAGGAGAGCAGAGAACAGACCAAUUUACUGAAAAUGUUCCACUUCACAUUUUCAUCCACGGAAUAUCUUUGUUUCUUUACAGCUAGUUUAUCUUUUACACUUUAACUGUCAAUACUCGGAAACUGCCACAUAGACUGAUAUGAACUUGAAUGAGGUACAUAUGGUCUCUUAUGUCGAUCAGUUGAAGCUAAAGUUGCUGUUGUAAGCAACAUGUUGCCAGGUGCACUACAACCAUGGAAGGUACAAUAUUUGACAAUAGGUGGGGUAUUUCAAAGAAACUUUGUUCUGGGAUCAUAAUCUAAACGAUGAAAUAAACACUUUCUUGAAGUGUAAAGUUGCCCGUUGCAGUCAAUCUUACCGAAUAUUGGGUAGCAACCAAUUCAUUUGACAGUGCGUCUUUAAAGGGUUUUGCUUGCAACAACUAUAAUUCCUGUGCACUUAAUGCCUGACAAUUUGGAACUGUUGUUUAUUUAACAGCAUCUUAAGUCAUUAUUGUGUUAUGGGUUGUGUUUACACAUCAAAACAAUCCUACCAACCUGGAAUACCAGUUGCACUGGGUAGAUGGGAAGGGUUGAACCAAAUGUGUUGGUGUGUCUGUGUACACAUGGAAGAGUGCUGUAUGCAUGCAAGGCUAAGUAUCCACAUGUAACCUGAUGUGGCCUGCACAGCUCAUCAAUAUCCUCUGUCCAGUACUUAGACAGUAUAUCCUGUCAAUCACACCAUGUACAGUCAGGACAAUCAACUUGUUUUUUUAUUUUAUUACAAAUGUACAGCUUAUGAGUUUCAAUUACAAUUGACCUUUAGUUGUAUUUUUUCCUCUACUUUUUACAGUUUUAACUUCGGUCAAAAGGUAUUCUCCCAUCACCAAUCUCCCAUGUGUAGAGCUGUGAAGUACACAGUAACAGGAACAGUACGGCCACAGUGCACUGCCAUUGGCUAAACACCUUCAGGAGUGUGUGUGUGCAGUGUGUGUGUAGUGUUUCACUGAAUGUUGUUCAUUGUGCAUGUACAAGUGGAAGGCUUAUGUCACUGGAUGUUAUAGUUCUGUGUGUGUGUGUGUGUGUGUGUGUGUAUACACCCAAGUGUGUUUCACUGUGCGUUGCAUUUGGGAUGCAUGUUCUUGUGAGUGUGUGUGAACAACAUGAAUACAUGAACAGACUGAAGCAUCUAACAUUCACACUAGAGGCACCCUACACAGUGUCUACUAAGAAGGGGAAGGGCGUGGCUUUGUGCAGUAAGCCCUCUUCCCUCAGACUGAGAUGAGUUUAGUGCUAACCCCUGGAAGGCUCCAGGCCCAGGGAUGUCUUCGGCCCAGUCCCAAACAUACACCCUUGGCCCAGUCCCAAAUCUAACCCUACGCCCUAGUCCCCCACACAUCUGCAAAGGUCAGACAGGUGUACAGCGGUGGAAAUUCCACUUGGUCUUUGGAAAGAGCAAAACGGUAAAAUACCAAAUUCAUACCUCAGACUGUUCCUGUCCUCGUAUAGCUGGGGGUAGGGUGUCGAUAUGGAACAAGACCUCAGACUCCCACGCCUCCCCAGGGACCCAGAGCCCCCCCCUUGGCAAACAAAGAAAUAUAUAAAUAUCUCCCAAACACAGUUCUAACAUAGCUUAAUGAAAAAAUACCAUGAAAAUAUAUGUUCAUAUAUAUGGCUCUAUACUAUAAUGGCGUGUCGAUGGGAGGUCAGGGGGUUGAAAUGAGAAAACUGGCCGGGUGUAGGUGUGGGAGUUCAGGCCAGAGGAACCAAACAGAAUGAGCCAGAACGGCAUGAGAUGUGCAAAGGCUAUCAUGAUUAUUAUUAAAAAGUACAUUUUUCGACAAUCUUUUUGGACCUGAUCUGAGACAGGAAGCUAAGCUGCUGUAGCACCUUGUGGUACACACAGCCUGUCAGACAGACAAACGAACCACAAGACUGUUGGCCAACAUACACAGAGAGCACUAAGAAAGGAACUCUGAUAGAAGUGUUCUGAAAACCACAAAUGGAAGAAUGAAUGUCCAGAUGAGGGCACACUCAGGGGAGCAGAUCAAGUAUCAGUUUCAGGCCUGGGUUUCUCUAAAUUCCUACAAUACAAUUGAGGUCAAUUGUAUUGUCCCAUAUUUCCUUGAUGUGACAGGUGGAUCUUGCCUGCCCAAUGGAGUCGUCUCAGUGGCCGCAAAAUGUGCCCACCUGGUACUCUGUGUAGUUUAAGCGACUGCCUCUGAAGUACAUUAAUUGAAAGUGUGAGGAAUGACUUGGACCUAGGUUUGUAAAUAGACCAGGUGAUUGGCAACAGGAGCAAAUAGCAUCGCAGGAACUCCGACAUCCACAUCCUGCGAGGUCUUAUGGUCCAAAUCCCACGGCUACAACCUGGCACUGUUCGCACAGUACAAUAAAAAAUAAAAAACACCCUCCGCCUCUUAUCCCAUUCAAAACAAACAUACAGUAAGUGCAGUUCAACGUCUCAUAAACAUUUUGUUCCCAAACUGGUUUAGCCUCAAAUGGGCAAAUCUAGCUCGAUCAUUCUUGAUCUUGAAACAGGAGUAGGUGUAUGGGGCUCCCCCAGGGUGCCACUGAGAUGAAAAUGUAUUUGGUGACUGAAGCAGCCCGCUAACCGCCUUGUCUCAGAGACUGGCCUUUCAAUGACCACUAACCAGCGGAGCCACACCUGGGGCUUCACGCAAACUGUUUUCAGAUGAGGUGAAGUUGAUUUAGCUUCCACGACUCACCAGCCGGGCAGUGUGUUUGCACCCAAGACGUGCUUCCAUUGGUUUCACCUGGACCUCGAGGUAAGCUAAAUCAAGGGCACCUCUGGAUCUGCAAGUGGUAUUUGGAGCCCAGGUCCAGACAUGGCCCAUCACUACCUCUCUUCCUUUAGGCAGCACUUCAGCCUCUUGGCCACUAACAACAUGACAAGUAGAAAAACACUGAAAUCAAUUAAGAAAACUCAAAAUGGACACUGACGGAAUAGGAGUGUUCCAGAAGGACCCAUUUCACAGAUGUGUGUGCUUGUGUGUGUGUGUGUGUGUGUGUGUGUGUGUGUGUGUGUGUGUGUGUGUGUGUGUACUACCAAAUCAGAUGGCGGCUAAGAGCACUCCCACAGUUCUCCCCACUGACUGAGAAACAUAGAUAAACAUAAAAAAUAAAAAAAAAAUGGUAAAUAACAGUAAAUCAUACUGACAGACAGUAAUAAAAAUAAUCACAAUACAACAACCAGAGGCUUACUCAUUACAAUAAUGAAUAAAAAAUAAUUCCAGUGUAAAUGUUUCUGUAAGUCAGUAAUUUCAGCCUUUGGGGUACAGACCCACAGAUCAGCAACCAAAAAAAGGAGAAGAAAGAAAGAAAAA